GUUAGCAGAGCUGCCAUGGAAGCCAACACUUCCCUCUGGCACAGCUACCUCGGGGUGAUCGUGUCCCGCGAGAGGCAGCGGGUGGAGCAUUUCCAGCGGGCCGAGGACAUCCUGCUCACCCUGCUGGAGAGUGUCCAUGCCAGGGAUCCCCGCUUCCUCGUGGACUACGCCAGGAAUCUGGAAGCCUUCGAGUUUGCUCUCUGUGCUUCUGAGGACGCUGUCACUCUUGAGGUGCCCCUGCGCAUUGACGGCGAUACCCUGCGUGUGCUGGCAUGCCAGAGCAGGGACACCUGGGGCGGGCAUCCUUCAGAGCUGAACACCUGCUGUCUGGAAGUGUGCUCUCCAGGGACUGAUUUGGAGGACUGGACUGGUGGUGUGGAUGUGAUGGAGCACGGAGGUGGUGCGAGGUGCCUGCUUCCAGGCAAAAUCCUCCAGCACCUGAAAGAGCUCCUUGUUUCAGCCAUCGUGCGCUGCCAACGCCUCUUCCUGCUUCAGCCAGGUGACAUCAGUGCUGAAAAUCUGCGGGAAGAUGCCAUGGAGCUCUCCCUGCUGAUCCGUGGCAGCUGGAAGACCAUUCGCUUUGACAUUGUUCCUGUGGUGAGGAGGCAGCAGGAGCCGCUGCAGCUCCAGAGGCUGCAGAGCGACAGGGGCUUCCCUGAAGGCAGCCUCAGGAGGGCCACAGAAGAGGCUCACUUUGUCCCUGCCUCUCCCCACUGCUGGAGAUCCUCCACUCACCUUCCCAUCCUGAAGCUGCUCCGAGGAGUGGACACCCUGCAGGGACCCCGUCUGGACAGCCUUCGCCUGCUCGACCAGCUCCGUGACCAGGACUGGGGAGGGCAGAGGGGGAGAGGCACUCUCACUUUCAACCACCUGAAGAUGGUGUUGCUGUGGAGCACAGAGCUCUUCCCCUCCCCGGAGGACUGGCAGGACCUGGAAGGCUCUGUCUACAGGCUCUUGGUGGUCCUUCUCCGCUGCCUGGCCACCCAGCACCUGCCCCACUUCCUGAACCCAGAGGAAAACCUCUUCCAAGGAGCUGCCCCAGACCUUGCCUCCCUCUACCAUAAAGUGGAGAGCUUUGCCUGGGACCCCCAACGCUUCCUCCGCUUCCACUUUGGCCUCCAUGGGUUCAGUGGCAGCUGCCAGGCAGACACAGAAACUCGAGCCCUCCUGCAGCUCCCCACCAAGGAUGGGUCCUGCUGGGACACAGCCUACUUUGACAUCCUGCUCAGCCAGUUUCAGGUGUACCGGAUCCAGGACAGCGCACGUCGCUCAGCAGCGUCCCAGCUCCUCUCCAGGAUCCGUCAAGAAAUCCCUCAGCAGAGCUGAGUGGGACCCUGCUGCUGACCCAUUGGGGUGUCUCGAAACUCUGGGGGGGUGCAAGGAGAGCUACAGGGCCAGGGAGCAGCGUCCUGCUGUGUCAUUUUAUUGAGGAAAGGUGGUACAGGGGAGAGAGCACAUCUGCUGCAGCUGGGGGGGCAUACACAGCCUCUUGGCUGCCCUGGUGGACCUGGGCAUGGGGUGCUCCACGGUACAGAAUCUGGAGGGGGAUGGCUGGCAUUCUGCUCUGCAAGGUGGGGAAGGCCAAGGUUGUUGGUGAUGGGAGGGGAAGGGACCUAUGGUCAGAGCCUGCAUCCAACCCUCUGUCAGCUUGCUGAGGGUCACCAUGCCCUGGGGCCAGGGGAAGGGAAAGAACUGAGGGGCCAGGCCAUUGUGGGGGGUGGUGGGAGAAGUGGCUUUGAGCCACGUCUCACAUCUGCUGAGCACAGCCCUCUCCUCCAUGUCCCCUGCUAUCCCAGCUUCUUUCCACUGUGCCUUGGCUUGCUGGAUGUCGCUGUGGCUCCUGCCAGCAUCCCAGGGAGGCAGUGGAGUCCCUCUGCUGCCAGCUGCCUGCAGCCAGGCAUGCAAGGCAGUGCCAGGCCACCUCCCCCAGCCUCCCCCCACCAGGGGUGCUCACAGCCGGCUGCGGUGGCAGCGCUUAAGGGCAUCUUGCAGGGCUCCAAGCACUCGCUCCACGUUGCCACUGGUUGAGUUGCAGCCCAUGAGGCCGAUGCGCAGGACCUGGGAGGAGAAGGGUGAGUGUCUGUGCCUCAGCAGCCCGUGCGAGGGAGUGGGGGACACACAGCCAGGUGUGAGUGGUUGUGCGCAGCUCCCUUGCUGGUAUUUAGCACAUCGUUCCCUAUAAAGAGGUGUCACCCCGCUAAUUACGUGCGUGGUUAUUCAAUUAGGAGGUGAUUGUGUGUGGUUAUGCUGCUAUGCGUUGCUCCGGGCAAUGGGACAGAGCCAGCGACACACGCUGUGGCAGCCCGAGAGUGGCAGUGAAUGCGGGGCUCUGUGCCCAGCCAUGGGCAGCAGGACGGGAGGACUCU